AACGCACAUGCAAUCAAAGAUUCACUACUACUGUCUACUCCACUUCAUCAAAUCAUAUCCAAAAAGUGACCAAAAUAUCUUUCACCCUUGUCCCCACUACACACUAGUCCUACCUUCCUUCCGACCUACAUUACAUUACUCACUUUCCUCAUGCUUAUCAUGUGCCAUGCCUAUGCUUAUGCAUCUUCAUACACACAUAAAUAAAUAAAUCUACUAACUUCACUACACUAUACUAAAUUAAAUUCUUCAUUCUUCUUUCUUACAACCAAAGUAUCCUCCUAAAACGAUGUCGUUUCCGUGUGACUAUUGCGACACAAGAAGCGCGGUGCUAUAUUGCAAACCAGACUCCGCGAAACUCUGUUUAGUUUGCGACCAGCACGUGCACUCCGCAAACGCACUCGCACUCAAGCACGUGCGUUUCCAAAUCUGUCAAAACUGCAAAAACGACGCCGCUUCAGUUCGUUGCUUCACCGAAAACCUAGUUCAAUGUCACCGCUGCGAUUGGAACUCUCACGGCGGCGACGACGACGACUCCACCUCUUCAUCCUUCCACCACCACAACCGCCGCCGUAUUGAAGGUCUCACCGGUUGUCCAUCCGUUCACGAGAUCGUUUCUACCUUGGGACUUGAUUUGAAGCCGAACGACGCGGUUUUCGUAGCGGAAUUUGAAGGUCCAGUGGUUCCGGUUGUGAAGAAUAGGGAUGAGGUGUAUGAACAGGUGGUGGAAGUUGCGAAGAGGAAGAGGAAUUUGGAGGAAGAUCAAAAUGAAUUGAGAUUCAAUGAUUGUUGUAAUGAUGUUGAUGAUUUGUUGUUGCUUCAGCAAACUCCGUUUACUUCUUUGCUUAAUUUUUCGUCUGAGUUUGAUGUUGGUGUUAAGAGAAAUAGUAAUGAUUAUGGAAAUGAAUCUGGUCUUCUUCUUUGGGAUCGUAAUCCGUCGUAUCAACCUCCUCAGGUCUGGGAUUUUCAAUUACAGAAAUCAAGAGAUAUGACAUAUGAUGGUGUAGAAAAUGCUUCCUUAUCGAUUCCAAAAUCAUUACAAGAUGUGCACAAUAUGAAUUGCUCAACACUUGGUGAUGAUAUUCUAUCAAGAAAUAAUCAAUCGGAUCAGUCAUCAUCAAGCCAUGUGAAGAAGAAAGUAGAAAGCAACAAGAAAACUAGAGAUGGGUUGUCUUCUGAGUCCAAAUUGAUUGAAUCCAUAACAUACAGUGGCGCCGACAGUGUACCAGUUAUGGAACAUCUUUUGAGUGGGAGUGAAAAUGUUAGCAACAUAAAUGCCAAGAUUAGCUUGGAAGAGCACACAAGGAAUAGAGGGGAUGCCAUGUUACGGUACAAGGAGAAGAAGAAAACUCGAAGGUUUGACAAGCACAUUCGCUAUGAAUCAAGGAAGGCUAGGGCUGAUACGAGAAAGAGAGUGAGAGGGCGAUUUGUUAAGGCAACUGAUGAUAUUCAAGAAGGAUGAGUUCCUUCCAAGUAACCUCAUCCCAUGGCAUUGCCCUUAUAAUAUUAUAUAUAUAUAUCAGAGAAAUAUUAACAGGUUCUAGUUUUCAUGAGGAAUUCCGUCAGGAUUGAUUUAUUGAUUUGAUUCUUUCUUGGUAAGUGAUUUAGAUGAAUAUUCAUUACUAACUAUAAACUUGCCACAUUAUCAACUGACUAUAAACUUUCUCCAUUUCUACCUAUAAACUUGCUGUGUCGUUAAACCAACACUCCUCUAAGCAUCUCAUCACACUUGCCACAUUAUCAAUUAACUCUUAUCCACCUCAACACAUUUCUUCCUUUCAGUUUAGACUUUCAUACAAACUAGCUUAUUUGAGCUCCCAACCUAAACCUGAUCAACUCCUCAUUGGGGUUGGAGGACCUAUGUUUGCUACCUCUUUUGCUAACUAGCUCACCAUUGGGUUGUCCUAGCUCAACCCUAUAUUCGCCACCUCUUCUGAGUUGUCAAUGUUUUUUCCUCCAUGUUUGUGGUUUACUAAACACUUGUUUGGACUCCAAAUCUCGCGUCCUGAUGAUUCUCUGCCGUGCAUUUCCUGAAGCUACUAAUUGUUGUGAGACUGGACGUGUGUUUGCUUUGUUUUCGUUGUGUAAACAUACACACACAAAAUGUUUUAGUAUUCUCAAUUCAGUUUUCUUUAUUAUAGUUAUUGUAAUUAUAAUUUCAAUACUUUAUUCAGCAUCUUGAUCUUCAAUGGCUUUCAUAGUUUUGAACUCGCAGGAUCUGCUGUAUGAUUUUACUGAUGUAAUAGGAAAUCAAAAUUGAUAUUGACAGAGCAAGUGUGAUAAGUUUCUAUAAUA